AAAAAAUCUCCAAGUGGGGGGAUAUUCACACGAGUUCGAUUCCACUCCACAUUCCUCGUUCUUUUACCUCUAACAGCUUCUGUGAUUGGACGGUUAUCGCUCCAAGUCCGGAAUCCUCCCUUCUGCUCGAUAUUUCACCGAUAUAAUCAAUAGUAGUCCAAAUGGCUGACAGCAACAGUUUGCUUGAAGAUGGCCAAUCACUCCAAGACAUGAUGAACGAUGGCGUUGGACUCACUUACAAUGACUUUAUAAUCCUCCCAGGAUAUAUCGAUUUUACACCGGACGCAGUUGACUUGACGACCCAAUUGACCAAAAAAAUAACGCUCAAAUCGCCGCUUGUUUCGUCUCCGAUGGACACUGUGACAGAAUCGUCAAUGGCGAUUGCAAUGGCGCUUUGUGGUGGGAUUGGGGUGAUUCAUCACAAUUGCUCCCCCUCGUAUCAAGCCAACGAAGUACUUAAAGUAAAAAAAUACAAACACGGAUUUAUUCAUAAUCCGGUCGUUUUGUGUCCGACAAAUACGGUUGCUGAUGUGCUCAAAACUAAGAAGGAACAAGGUUUUUCGGGCAUUCCGAUCACUGAAGAUGGAAAAAUGGGCGGAAAGCUUGUUGGAAUUGUGACGUCGAGAGAUCUUGAUUUUCUUGAAGAUCAAAAUUACUCAAACUCUAAACUCGAAACUAUAAUGACCAAACUAGAAGAUCUCGUAACGGCUCAGUCUGGAGUGACCCUUCCCGAAGCCAACUCAAUCCUUGCCAAAAGCAAAAAGGGCAAACUCCCAAUCGUAAACGCCGAAGGCAACCUCGUUGCCUUAAUGGCCCGAACCGAUUUGAAAAAAGCGAAAAGCUACCCCACAGCAUCUAAAGACGAUAAUAAACAAUUGAUCGUCGGAGCAGCUAUUGGAACACGCGACGAAGACAAAGAACGACUGAAACUCCUAGUCAAUGCCGGAGUUGACGUUAUUGUUCUCGAUUCCUCGCAAGGAAAUUCAGUUUAUCAAAUAGAAAUGAUCAAAUAUAUUAAAAAAUCGUAUCCGAGCCUGCAAGUGAUUGCUGGGAAUGUGGUAACCGCCAAACAGGCGAAGAAUUUAAUAGAUGCUGGUGCCGAUGCGCUACGUUGUGGCAUGGGGAGUGGGAGUAUUUGCAUAACGCAGGAGGUGAUGGCCGUUGGGAGGGCACAAGCUACAGCGGUCUACAGGGUGGCGCAGUAUGCGAAGAGAUACGGAGUGCCUGUUAUUGCAGAUGGGGGGAUUCAAUCGAUUGGGCACAUAAUCAAGGCUUUGGCAUUGGGGGCAUCUUCUGUGAUGAUGGGGUCGAUGCUGGCCGGUACCUCCGAAGCACCCGGCGAAUAUUACUUUUCUGAUGGUGUAAGAUUAAAAAAAUAUAGGGGUAUGGGCAGUAUUGAAGCAAUGAACCGGAAAGAUGCCAUGGGUUCUGCCAUGAACAGAUACUUCCACAGCGAUGCCGACAAACUAAAAGUGGCUCAAGGUGUUAGUGGAAGUAUUGUAGACAAGGGAUCUGUUUUCCGCUUCGUUCCAUAUUUGCAAUGUGGAAUUAGACACGGCUGUCAAGAUAUAGGAGUCAAAUCUCUGACUAAGCUUAAAGAAUUGAUCGAUUGUGGGGAGGUUCGAUUUGAGAAGAGAACACAUUCGGCGCAAUUGGAAGGAAACGUUCAUGGUUUAUUCUCGUACGAGAAAAGAUUGUUUUAGCAAGAGUGCGGUGGGAAUUAAGUUGUAAAUAAAUACUUAUGUGAUAUAGGUACGAUCGGUGUCGCAUUUUCUGAUAUUUGUAAAUAUUGUGUAUUUCCAACAAUUUGCGUUUACACUUUUAAACAAUCAUUUUUGUUGUGAAAGUAUUAUGGAAAUUUUAAUACAAUAGAAGCAUAUUUAUUUAAGACUAUAUAUUUAUAAGUGUACCUAUAUUUUUUAUAUUAGUUAUGUUUUAUUAAAAAAUUAUGAAAA